AUGAGCGCGGCUUCUUCAUUUUCAGAAACUACAACAACCACAAAUAAUGAGAUAGAACUUGUUCAAGAGCACAUUACGGUUGAAAACCAUGUUUUCCAGUCAGAGAUAGAGUUAUUGAAUGAGAAUAAGUUGUAUAAUAAAGAUGUGUUUAAUCUUGUGUAUAUCGCUCUUGUAAUUGAGAGCGCGGCUAUUUUCCUUGCAUGGAAUCUCUUGAAUUUCCUAUCGCCUACGUAUUAUUUUAACUUUUGGUUCUCAUCUCAUUACAUCCCUUCCGAUUAUGCCACUAAGUUCAUGGACUCGUUGGGUAUGGAUGCAUGCAGUCCUCUGUUUGCUUUAUCCAUUUUAUGUAUUUUACCUUUCAUUAAUAACUACUUAGUAAGAUUAUGUGGUUCUCUCUUCGUAAAUAUAAUCAAUUUGAUGAUACUCUUCGUGAUAUCUUGGGUUCGACAGCCAUCCCAUUUCGAAAUGAAUUGGUUUUAUAAUAUAACCUUCACGGUCAUGCUAAUCAUGAUGGGUUGCAAUGGAGUUUUCCAAAGUUCCUUAUUAGGAAUCGCAAGUGAUUUACCUAGAAAAUAUACGAGUGCUGUAGUCAUUGGUACGAACGUUGGUGGAAUGAUUAGCUCCUUUCUUUACAUUUUCACAACUUCUGCAAAUCCAAAAACACCUAAACCAACAGCUGAAGUCUAUUAUGGAUUCGCCUCUAUAUAUCUCAUAAUUUGCUUAAACAUUUUGAUUUUCCUCUGGCGAUCGGAUUUUGUUCGCUUACAUGUGAAGACUGCGAACAACAUUCGAAAUGAAAAAAAGCUCACGGUUGGUUAUUUUCUGGCAGAACUGGGAAAAGUUUUCAAAGAUGCUUGGAGUGAGUUGUUGGGGAUAUUCAUAUUGUUUUUCAUGAUGUAUACCAUCUUCCCAACCUUAUCUAUCGGAAUUCAGCCGUGGCCAAGUCCAGGAAUCGCUCACCUUAAAAAGUAUUUUAUUCCCAUCGGAACAUUCCUCAAUUUCUACACAUUUGCGACUGCUGGUGCUAUUGCUGCUUGUUUCAUUGAAAUAAAACCCAGCAACAGAAUUAUGAGAUUAGCCUUGUUAGGCCCAUGUGUUCUCUCGUUGCUGCUUAUCCCUUAUUUUAUGUAUUGUAAUUUCAUUCCCAAUUAUCCGGAAGUCAGAAAAGCAAAGGUCCUUUUCAAAAACGAAUGGUUUUAUUUCAUCGCCAAUGGCUUUAUGGGAGCGUUUAUUGGGCUUUUCUCAGGCAUUCUCUUACCUCUCUUGCCGAGGUGCGUUGAACCAGCUGUAUCUCGUUUGGCAUCUCAAGUAGGAGCUGCCACUAUGAUAACAGGUAGAGUUAAACUGAAUGAACUUUUCAUCUGCAUAAACUACCACGAUGCUGGUGCUUUCAAUGAGAGCAAUCCUUAA